UAUUGCGAAUGACAUUAGUUUUAUUCGGCAAAAUAACUAACGAAUAAUAAUUAUUGCCUGCGGAGAUACUAUGUAAGAGCUAUUCAAAAAUAAAAAACGAAGAAUGUAAAGUGAAGACGCCAACCAGAAAAAACCGUAUUACCAGCUGAAUUUUGACAACUUGCAGAGAACGUAUAUUUAUGUACGUUCUCUGUUUGAAGCAUAAGCAACAUUAGACUCACGGAUUGUGGGCAUUGUGAAAAUUAUUAUUUUGUUUUACCGCAAAUAGACGAUGCCGGAACCUCGGAGCCCGAUGGCAAGUUUUGCUCAGUCAGUGAGCAAUAUUAUCGAUGGGCCCGUAACAUGGUUCAGAGAAUCAAUUGUUGAACCUAAUCAGAAGAAACAAGCGUGGUAUCAUCAACGUUUUCAACGUGUGCCCACAAUCGAUCAGUGUUACAUUGACGAUGCUGUUUGUCGUUUUGAAGCCGAUCAACAAUUUCGCCGGGAUCGAAUGGUUGAAAAUGAAAUCGUAUCAAUUUUACGGCAACGUUUCGAAGAUUGUACAAUGUAUGAAGCGCCCGACCAUAUUAAAAAAUGCAAGCCUAUUUUAGAACAAUAUGAAAAGGCUGCUGAAAAUUGGUUUAUUAAAUAUGGGGAUUUGGGUGGCUAUGCUAAUGCUAAAAGUGCAUACAUGAAGCAGAAACAUCGUUUGAUCUGGGAGCGUCGACAUGGACAAGUCGGCAGUGGAAUGAAAACAGAGGAAAUACCAUCUAGUUUUGUUUCGGAGGAAGACUAAAAUGGUUUCCAAACGAAUAUUAUGCAUUGAAAUUAAAGCAAAAUUAUGAUACUUUUAAGAACAAGACUCAUUUGCGUUUUGUCUCUAUGCACUCAAUACAUAGCGUAAUGUAUACUUUUCUUGCUGCCAUGUAGGCACAGUAAUUUGAAAUCGCUAUAAUAUGGUGUAAUAUUAUAUAAUGUCCUUUAAUAAAAGUAUUGUACAA